AUUUAAUAUGGCAACUAACAAUCUUCCAACAUUUUACCCAGGAUAAUCAUCAAUGACAAAUGUUUAACCAUCGAUAUUCUAAUAACAAGGAGGUGUAGAAUAUUAUUUAUCAGAGUAGGUCCUAUCUAUUAAGGCAAUCAAGGUAUUCCAUAAGGAUUAGGGUCACCUUCAGUGAUGUAGUAGAAUCAAUAGAUAGCAUAUGGAAAUCGUAUGAAAUGCUUAAAAUAUUAGAAUACGGAUUAAAUGGGACUAAUUAUGGGGUUCCAUCCUACUAAUCUCCUCAAAGAAUCGUGUCCUAAAGAGUUAUGUAAUAAUCUCCGUAAGUUAUUACAUCUCCUAUAAUUCAACAAUAGGGUCCUCCUAUUUAAUAAUAAGUGCAAUCGAGUGUGCAAUAACCAUCAGUCAGUAACUAAAUAACAAUAACAUUAAUAUAGUUCAUAAUGUUGAGCAUGUCCCAGUCAUUCAUGAACUUCAUCACGUGAAUCGUCCAAUAAAUGUCAUUUCAGUGGAUGAGAUUGAAGGGCCUUGGAGAAGCAAAGUAUUGUUGUUGGAGAAACAAUUAAUUGAAUUAUAGUUGAUGUUAAAGAAGGGUCCAGUUAAGUAGGUGCAAGCAAAGCAGAUAGUAGUGGAAGAUGAAGGAAAAGUAUGUUGAAUAAAUACUAUCAAUUAAUUAGAUAAGGUAAUUGCAAAGUGAAGUGGAAAGACUCCAAGCCAUUCUAAGGGAGAACCAGAAAGAGAUAGAUGAAUUGUAAUAACAAAUAAACGAUGCAACAUUCAACUUAGAAAAUGCUGAGGAGUAGGCAUCUUCUCAAGUGGAAGCUCAAUAAGAGGAAUUGGCUAAAUGGAAGAAGAAGUUCUCAGAAUUGAAUAAGAAAUUCCAUGAUAUUGAAGAAGAUAUCACUAUGACUGAGGCGUAAAUUGAAAGUAUUCAGAAAAGAAAAUUGGUAACUCAAACUACAUCUACUGUUAAGACUACUGCCAAAACUUCAGGAGUAUUUCUUUAUAAUUUAUAAUUAGGGUACAUAUGGGGAUGGAGAUGUCAGAAAGAGCGGUUUUAGCAAUAGGAAUUAUUGA